AUGUCUACCGACUCUGUCAUCUCGUCGCCUGAACGGCUCAACACGAAAAACGAGACUAGAAGCGCGAAACUGGCAUUUCGGCAUCUCAGCUAUCGUGUUCAAGGCACGAAGGACAAAGGGAAAGUGCUUGUCGACAAUGUUUCUGUGCUCGUAAAACCUGGGGAGCUAUUGGCUAUAAUGGGACCGUCCGGGGCGGGGAAGAGCACUCUUCUGGAUCUUAUGGCCUUUCGAAAACCUGCCCUAGCCGGUGGAAAGGUCCAGCUCAAUGGAGAUGACAUGACUGCCGAGGCUAUGCAGAAAAUCUCGACUUUUGUCGAGCAGGAGGACGCCUUAAUUGGCGUCUUGACCGUCCGUGAAAGCGUUUCAUACGCAUUGCGCCUUCAUCUUCCUCUUCUCUCGCGUCGGGAAUCCGCUGCACGAGUAAACCAGGUUCUGUCCGCUUUAGGCCUGCAAUCUUGUGCCGAUCAACGAAUUGGUACGCCCAUAUCCCGCGGUAUCUCGGGCGGUCAAAAACGACGUGUCACCGCUGCGUGUGCUAUGGUAACAUUCCCUCGCCUACUCUUACUUGAUGAGGUCACCUCAGGGCUCGACAGCACCUCUGCUUACCAAGUAGUCGGUGCAAUUCGUGCAUUAGCCCGUGCCGAGGGAAUGUUUGUGAUCGCAAGCAUCCAUCAGCCUUCGUUGGAGACGCUCUCGACCUUCGACAACUUACUGCUUCUGGCUCCGGGAGGCGUAACGUGCUACAAUGGGCCGGUGGAUGGAUUGGCUGCUUUCAUGGAGCGUUGGGGACAUCCUGUUGGUCGGUUUAGCAACCCAUCUGACCAUGCCAUGGCAUUUCUCAGCACUGAUUUUGCUGGCCCUGAAGAGGGGACCACGACAGGUCACGCCAUGGAAUCUAGCGCGCACUCUCUACGGCAAUUUUAUUUGGCCGAAAGCGCUUCCAUUGACUUGGUCUCUGAAGACUCUGAAGACUCUGCUCGGGCUAUACAUGCCCCAGGUUCGGAGUUGGUUGAAUACGGCAAGGCCACUCCGUUCGUUACCCUUGUCCUCCAUACUCUUAUCUUGGCUGAACGCACAACCAUCAACUACGCUCGUAACCUCCUUGCAUAUGGUGUGAGAGCAGGAAUGUAUGCUGGCAUGGGUGCAAUGCUUGCGCUCAUAUGGAUAAACCUGGGGACAGCCGACUCUACGAUAAAUGACCGACUUUCAGUGCAUUUCUACAGUGUCGCCUUUCUUGCUUUUAUGUCUGUCGCUGGUAUUCCUAGCUUUCUAGAGGAACGAGCGGUUUAUUAUCGCGAGUCUAAGAAUGGGUUGUAUACGACUCUCCCUUUCGUCCUCUCAAAUACGCUGGUCAACAUGCCAUUCCUCUUCUUCUGCGUUUUGCUGUUUAGCGUGAUCUCGUAUUGGGCGAUUGGUCUUCACGCAGGAGCAUCGGCGUUCUUCCGCUUCCUCGCCUUUCUUUACCUCGCCAUUCUUGCUGCCGAGAGUCAGGUGCAAAUUGUUGCCGCACUUGUGCCUAUCUUCGUUGCUGCGCUUGCAAUCGGUGCUUUCAUCAAUGGCUUCUGGAUGAGCGUCGGCGGUUACUUCAUUAAAGCGCGUUCUCUACCACGUUUCUGGUUCUAUUCGUUUCAUUAUAUGGACUACCAGCGUUACGCAUUCGAGCUGCUGGCCAACUCCGACUUACGGGGCUUAACAUUCCGUUGCACGGACUCGUGCGCCUGUGCGUAUCCUUCUAGCGCACCAGACACUUGCACAGUUUCUGGUGAUGACGUUCUGUCCUAUCUUGAUGUGGGCGGGAUCUCGUAUGGCAAGUGGUCAGCAGUUUUAAUUGGAAUCACGGUCCUUUAUCGGAUUGGCCUUUAUGUUGCACUGAGGACGAGAUCAGGAUGA